AUGACUUUUGUCACCGUUCUCCACGGUUUCACUCCAAAGCUUGGUCUUCUGGUCAUGAAUGGCCUUUCCGUGUUCAAAAUCGCCAUCCUGCUUUUUGUCGUUGUGUCUGGAUGGGUCGUGCUAUCUGGGCAUACUCGCGUUCAAAAUCCUGGCGCAAACUUCCACGACAUCUUUGCCGGUAGUUCUCAUAGUGGCAACGAUGUUCGUCCCCCUGUCCUCCUUCCCCUAAUUAUCCCUAAUCAUGCGCCCCCUCUUGAAAGGUGGUCGAACGUCAACUACGUUCUGAAUGAAGUCAAGGACCCCAUCCGUACUCUUAAAAUUGCAGGACCUCUUGGCUUAGGGAUAUGUGCGACGUUGUAUGUGCUUGCUAAUGUUGCUUAUUUCGCGGCUGCUACGAAGGAGGAGAUAACGAACUCUGGAGUGACUGUAGCGGCUUUGUUCUUCAAAAAUGUGUUUGGAACGCAGGCUCAGCGGGCGUUGUCAGUAUUUGUUGCACUUUGCGCACUAGGCAAUGUCAUAACAGUGACUUACUCGGCUGCCCGGAUAAACCAAGAAUUGGCCAAGGCCGGAGUGCCUCUGCCUUUCGGAAACCGUUUCUGGGCGUCGAACUGGCCUACUGGCAAGUCCCCGCUUCCAGGCCUUGUGAUCCACUUGAUACCAUCUGUGAUUGUGAUCCUCCUCCCGCCACCCGAGGUCGCGUACCCUUUUAUCUUGAAUGUUGAGGGAUACCCACACCAGAUCGUCAACGUAUUCAUCGUCGCGGGGUUGUUUUGGCUUCGAUACAAAAAACCCGAUGCCGUCCGACCGUUCAAAGUCUGGUGGCCUAUAGUUAUUUUCUUCUUAGCAGCAGCCCUAUUCUUGGUGAUAGCACCCUUCUUACCACCCGCAAAUGGUGUAGGGGAUACGCCACCGCUUCCAUACUAUUUAUAUUGCCUCGUUGGUAUUGGUAUCAUCGUGCUGGGCGUCGUGUAUUGGGCAGUAUGGCGCAUAGUUCUUCCUCGUGUCUUCGGAUACCAUCUAGUCCCAAGGAAGGAGACCCUCGAUGAUGGGACAGUAAUCACACUGUUCUCACGACAAAAGUUGGCUUACGGGGUGAUACCUGAAGUACCAUAG